CGCGCUCUCACAUCUGGAGGGUAUCUGGUGUGACUGUGUGACUCCUCGCCUGCUAUGGGACAGCCUGUGUUGGGACUGGACGUCAGACUUCAGUGCGUUUCAGCAAACGUUGGUCGAAGAGCCCUUGCACCUUGCAGUUGGUGAGGACUGAAGCUUCAGACUCAGCAGAGAGGCGACACAGAGCCGGCUGCCUUUUGUUGUUGUCCUGGGGAGCUCAGCAGUGGACAUGACCUUUCCCAAGCAUUCCAUCCUGCAGGCCCUGAGUGUGCUGCUCUUGGCCUGGGUGUUGGUGCAGAGCCAAGCAACUCUGGAACCAGAGGAAGAGGAGGAGGAAGAGACAAACAUCACAACGAUGGGGACGAAAUCUGAGCCGAUCGAAUGUCCACCGGAGUGCAGCUGUACAGCAGAGGGGGCAGUGGACUGCGCUGGAGUCGACCUCAUCGAGUUCCCCGCCGGGCUGUCGGACAAAACCCGCCAGCUCUCUCUGCAGAAUAACAAAAUCGAGGAGAUAACAGUGGAGCACAUUUCCCAUCUGCAUCAGCUUGAGACUCUCAACCUUCAGAACAACUGGCUUACCACAGAUGGCCUUGAAGAUGAAGGUUUUGAGAUGCUUGAACAGCUGGCUUAUUUAUACUUGGCAAAUAACAAGCUCACCUCAGCACCAAAAGUCUUACCACCCUCUUUGGUUAGUGCUGAUUUUGCUGCUAAUCACCUUACAAGGAUCUACCCAUAUACAUUUGGCUACAAACCAAAACUGAAGUCUGUGUAUCUCCACAACAACAAGCUGACUGAUGCAGGACUUCCUGAUCAUAUUUUCAAUGGUUCUGACAGCCUGGAGAUCAUCACCAUGUCGAGCAACUUCCUGCGGGUUGUCCCCAGGAAUCUGCCCUCCACCCUUUACCGUCUUCAUCUUAAGAGCAACAAACUGGAGAAAAUCCCAGCGGGGGCCUUUGAUAACUUGCCAAACCUCAGAGAGCUGUAUCUCCAGAACAACCUCCUCACGAAUGAGGGCAUGGACAACGAGACUUUCAGCCAACUGAGCAGCCUGGAGUGUCUGGACUUGUCAAAUAACAACCUGAGCGUCGUCCCUAAGGGUAUGCCUCGUAGUCUAGUGCUGCUCCAUCUGGAGAAGAACUCCAUCCGCAGCAUCCCCGGAGACGCUCUUACGUCUGUCCGAAACCUGGAGUACCUGCUCCUCCACAAUAACAAGCUCCGCUCACGUUCCAUCCACCCGGCUGCCUUCCAGGGCUUGAAGAAGCUGCACACUCUCCACAUGUACAACAACUUGCUGGAGCGGGUUCCCAGGGGUUUGCCUCGCAGAGCCAAGACCUUAAUGUUACUCCACAACAUGAUUUCCGAAAUUGGCCGCAACGACCUGGCCUUGCUGUACACCCUUACUGAGCUCAACCUCAGCUACAACAAGCUGACCAGCUCCAGGAUGCACCGCGAGGCCUUCAGGAAGCUGCGUGUGCUGGAAACCCUGGAUCUGUCGGGGAACAGCCUUCACUCGCUGCCCAUGGGUCUCCCUCGCAGCCUGCAGGUGCUUGAAAUCAAGAACAACCAGCUGAACACCAUACCGGACGGUGCACUGACGGGCAUGCAGAAGCUACGAAAGCUCAUCCUGAGCGACAACCAGAUGAAGCUGAAUUCAGUCUACCAGGGAGCCUGGAUGGAACUCAGUGCACUCACAACACUCGACCUGUCUGGAAACCAGCUGUCACACGUCCCUUCUGACCUGCCCGAGUCUCUGGAAUACCUUUACCUGCAAAGUAACCGCAUCUCCAGUGUUCCCGCAUCAGCAUUCGAAGGCACUCCAAACAUCAAAGGCAUCUUCCUUCGGUUUAACCGCCUGUCUGUGGACUCUGUGGACGAGAGCUCCUUCGCACACCUGUCCAACUUGCAAGUGCUGGACAUCAGCACAGGAAGCACCAACCUCCCCUUUAUGGAGGGUGAUAAAACGAUGGAGGAGGAGCAGGAAACAUAAGACACGCACAAUUAAACUGACAUUGGACUGCAUUGUGUCAAGGACUGAAAGAGCUCUCAAAUGGGAAUGAACCUGUGAAUGCCUCUUCUCAGGUCCAUUAUUGUAUUGUGCUGAGCGACAGAGUUACAUAUUUCUGGUGCAGGAUACCGGAUGUUUCUUUAGUUUCCAUUUUUUGGGCUGGUUAGUAUUACACAUCUUUAUAUCGGAGCUUUUUUUUUUUUUGACAGUUGACAUCUAUCAUCCUUGUGCUUUGUUGUAAAACCUGCUCUCACAAAAGUUGGUGUGAAUUUUCCCAUGUAAAAAAACCCAAACACAUGAAGCAGCGUGAAAAAGGACAGAUGUUCACAGUCUGUGCGACUUUCUCUGCUUUGCGUUGUCUCGUUAAUGGCUGCCUCGACUCCCUGGCUCAAAAAAGUGAUUUUACUACAAAUACUGUGAAACAAUUUGUGCUUUAACACCAAGGGUGGCGAGAAAAGCAGUCUCCACUGAAGCCAAUGAAGCCUGAAUAAUCUCAAACUGUUGAAUAAAACACUGCAACAAGUAAUCUCAAACAGGGCUGCAGCUCAGUGUCGUUACCGAUUUAUCGUUUAUUUUUGGAAAUAAUCGAUUGAACUCUUAAAAUGUCAAAAUGACAAAUGCUCAUCGCCUGAAGUGGUUCUUCUGAUUGGUUAUUCUGUCAGAUCAACAAUCCAAAAACCUCAUGCAUUCAAUUUAUAAUGAUACAGAAAACAAGAGAAAAAUCUCAUACUUGAGAGGCUUUAAAGUUCCAAUCCUUAAAAUGUGCAUUAUAUCAACAUAUAACAGCGUUUGAUUGAUUACAAAUUAAGUAAAAAACAAUGUGUAAAUGUACUGAACAUGAUGCACAUAUUUCACUCGUAGCAGAAUUAGCAUUUGAUCAGAUUUUACGCCAUGAUUUUGUUGUGCUAUUUGUUCCUCUCAGAGCGUGUACGCUGCCCCUAGUGGUCAACACGUGCCAUUUCAAACAGAACUGUUGGACGUGUGAUUAAAUCUCUGCUGCUACCACCAGUAACCACAUUUCAAGGAUUGUAAUUUAAGCCAGUAUUAGUUCAGUUGAUACAUUAUUUCAAUUCUUAAUCCUAAUCAAAAUGUUAGCUUUCCUUUCAAACGACUGACUGAAUUGAGAGCACUCUUUCAGGAAGGUGUUGGAAAGUGACAGCUACCCAGCCAGUGAGGUACUGGCAUGACAGCAAUAAUCUUAGAGAGUAGUAUCAUACCCACAGUGUGAACUAUCAGCAUUUUUCUGUUAUUAUUUCACCAUGUGCUUGUGAAUGAAAUAUUCCAAACAUAAAACAAUUUCAGCAUAUCUGAAGCUUCAAUCCAUGCUGCUGCUGCUGCUGCUGCUUCAGUCCGUUCAUGUUUUAUAAAAAAGAUAGCGAAUAUUUUUAUAUGACGUUAAAAAUACUCAUCCUAUUACACUCACUAUAUUGCUAUGAAUACAGUGUCACUUUCACAUACAGCAGUAUAGUAUUGUCACAUAUACAGUCAUUGAACACAGCAAUAAAUUAUUUGAAAAGGC